AUGCUUGACUGGCCCACUGCAAACCUGCAAGUUUUUGGACUCGUUUGCCUGGGAUACCUUACUUUCGUUAGACUCCUCCGCCGCCGACGCUACAACGCUAUACACGAGAAAUAUACUCCCAAGUACAAGGCUGGUGCGCUGACGCUACGAGAUGCGCAGGAAAUCAUGGGUCUUUCCAUGAUAUAUGAUAUGCCAGCCCUGCUGAAUUAUUCGCUAGCCUUUGCGCUGUUCAAAACCUAUGCGAUCCCCAGUAUCUCCAAACUCCUAUUCGAUACCCAGGAGCUUUCACACCCGGACAGGAUCUCGAAGCGCUAUGCGGACACCGAGAUCUGUUUCUCGACAUGGAUGUUUUGUCCAUUAUCAGGAAAGCCUAGGACAAACGUUCCGGAGGAUGAGAAGUCUCACGAAGAAGACCCGCGAGCCAAUAUUGCUAUUUCUCGCGUCAAUUGGCUCCAUUCACGUUAUAAAAUUUCGAACGGCGACUACUUAUUUACGCUGUGUCUUGCCAUCAUCGAGCCCGUCAGGUGGGCUGCAAGAUUCGGAUGGCGGUCUCUCUCCGAAUUGGAACGUUCAGCCUUUUUAAUAUGCUGGACCGAAAUUGGUCAGAGAAUGAACAUCAAGGACAUCCCUGAAACAUGGGAAGAACUCGUUCAGUGGUCACAGGCUCAAAACAUGGUCCCAGCACAGAGCAAUCACGAUGUAGCCUCUCUCACCACAGAAGAACUCCUCCACGUCCUUCCCGAAUCCUUCGGAAUCAAGAACUUCGCUCGAAGGGUCUCGAUCUGCCUUCUCGACGACCGGACUCGCAUUGCGAUGAUGCAACCAGCUCAGCCUUGGUACCUCCACGCGUUCACCCGCGGCGUCCUACACACCUUCAGCUUCAUCCAACACCACCUUCAGCUUCAUCCAACACCACCUCUCCGAGAUGGACGGGUUCGUAUGUACCCGACGCGAUGGCAGCCCAAGCCUUGGUAUAAACCACAGGCCAACGGACUGUUAGGGUCACUCAAAGAUAGACUCGCAGUCUUCGUCGGUUUCUACGACGAGAUGCCAGGGAAGAAAUACAAGACUGAUGGUUAUAUACUGGAAGAAAUAGGUCCGGUAUCUUUAGAGAAAGCCGGACGAGAAGCAACGUUGCGUAUGGCUGAAGACAUGCAAGGAUGUCCAAUUCGAGCACCUUGGUUUGCAGAUAUGAACACUACGAAGAACGCCAAGACUUAA